CGGAGUUGGAGUUGGAGCGGAGUUGUGAGAAACGAGGUAGAGUUGGAGUGGAGUUGCUUACCCCCGGAGUUACCCAUCUUUGUGUGGGUGUCAGAGUAAGGUUAAUGGAAUACCCGCACACACCCACACUCACGCCCACAUCCACCCGCACCCACGUCCACCCACACCGACUCACCCUUUAUAAAAUCUUCCUCUAUUUUAGACUGAACAAGAAUUAGAUGAUUUAAAAUCUAUUCAUUCAAAAACAUUACAUGAUUAUGAUGAAUUACAAAAACAAGCUUCAGCUCUUCGAUCACGUUGUAAUCAAUUAGAAAGUGAACGUUUACCUUUAAUUGCUCAACUUGAAUUUGCUGAUAGAAAUUUACGACAAGUUAAAAAACAACAACAGCAACAACAACAAACAGCAAUGACAACAAGUACAACUGUUCAUCAUCAACCACCCGCUGUUUUACAAUCAAUUGAAAAUAAUAAUAAAUCAAUUUCACGUCUUAUUCGUUCACCAAGUCUUGAUAUGCGUGUUAUGCGUCGUACAAAUGAUAAAAUGGAUGAUACACGUUCAUUAGAUCAUGAUGAUUUAGCAUUACUUUUACAUAAAAAUCAAUCCUACAAUAAUUUUCCUUUAAAUACUCGUUCAACUGAUCUUAUAACAAAAUAUGAAAUAGAAAAUGAAGAUGAACCAAUUCAUCUUGACUUAGGUCCAAUUGAUUAUGAUCGACGUAUGACAGAACUACAACGUCGAAAUCUUAGUCAACCAAAACAUUUACGUACAGCUUAUGCACUUGAAACCAUGGAACGAGAUCCAGAUCAAUUUUCAGCUAGUUUUAUUCGUAAAGGUGGAGCAAUUCAUGAUGAACAAUCAGUACGACAAAGAAUUAUUAAUGAAAAUAAAAAUGGAUCUGAAACACCAAAAGCAUCACGAUUUAAGAAUCUAUUUAAUCGUAAAUGA